AUGGAAUACACGGAUGAGGAAUUGGAUGAGUUCAAGCGUGCAUUUGCCAUUUUGAUCAGAGAUGGCGAAAGCAGAAGUGUAACCAUUAGGGAUUUGGAUGCUGUAGUUACUGCUCUGGGAAAAACUGUAACGGAGAAGGAGCUGCAGUCGAUGAUUAACGAGAUGGACUUGGAUGGCAACGGCUUCAUUGUCUUCGAUAACUUUCUUCAUUCAAUGACGAUGCGUAUGACUUUCGGGCCAGACGAGGAUGAUAUUCGUGAAACAUUUCGCAUUUUUGACCGGGAUAACACAGGCUUUAUAGGACCCGAUCAGAUAAGAAACGUUAUGUUAGAUCUCGACAUUCAAAUCUUAGACGAGGAGUGUGAGGAAAUGAUUCGUGUCCAUGAUUUCGAUGCCGACGGUAAGCUCAGCUACGAAGAGUUUGUUCAGAUGAUGACUGUCAAGUAG